GUUGAUGUCGAAGGAGGCAUGGAGGGAGGCGGCGGCGGCGACGGCGGCUGCGACGACUCGGUCUCUCCCGCCCCGGGGGGCCUCCUGCAUCAGAUCCUGAGCCUCCACCUGGUGCCUCGCUCGGGAAACGUCACCCGAGCCGCGUGCGCCGAAUCCCUCUGCGAGUUCACAGAGAUGUGGUAUGGCGUCUUCCUGUGGGCAAUGGUGUCGUCUCUCUUUUUCCACAUCCCCGCAGCACUCCUGGCCCUCUUCACUCUCCGGCGGCACAGAUACGGCAGGUUCAUGUCGGUGAGCAUCCUGCUGAUGGGCUUCGUGGGGCCAUUAGCAGCUGGGAUUUUAUCAAGUGCUGCGAUUGCCGGUGUUUACAAAGCUGCUGGAAAGGACAUGAUCCCCUUUGUGGCCAUGACUUUUGGAGUGGGGCAGACCUUCGGCGUGGUGAUGAUUUCUUUCUUACGGAUUUUAGCCACCCUUUAGCAUGCCGCAUCAGAUGCCAUUGCAAACAGAACAGCACCAUGCAGGAUUCCGGGGGUGAAGAGGUCAACGGGCAUGUCCAUGGGGAAGUUCUAUGCAAGCCCCACUGAAAUGGAUGGGAGCCACAGAAGAGCUUUGCCAUGCUCUGACACAGGACCCAUUCAUUUCACUGGGGAGAACUUCAGUGGAUCCGUGCAAUUUUUCUCCAUUAAUUAUCCCUGGCAGCCUGGAGCAGCCCCAUCUCAUCCUUGGCCAGCUGGCUGAAGAUCCUGGAGGAAACCAUUGUUCUACAAACACAUCUUAUAGUCUCCAGAUGACAUUCUGACACAACCCUGGCUUCUUUCUAACUGAAAAUGAGACAUUGGUGCAGAAUAUUUUGAUCAAUUCUUUUCUUGUCAAACAAUACAAAGAACGUGUGAGUGAGUGAGUGAGUGGGGGAUGGAUAGAAGGUCUAAAACUCUGUGGCCCUCCAGUUGUUGUUAGACUACAUCUCCCAUCAGCUCCAGCCAGUAUGGCCAACAGUCAGGAACAGUGAGAGCUGUUUCCCCUCCAGAUAUUGUUGGAGUUCAGGUUCCCCACCCUCGGUCUGAAUAUUUCUGGAGCACUGCCAUGUAGCCUGGAAAUGUUUGCAUCUGCCAUUGAACAAGCUUUCAGUCAAUUCUUUGUUUAUAUUUUGUAAACAUUUUUGUAACCUUAAGUGCCAAUCUUUUCUGUUUUGGGGUAAUUUUUUUUUUUUAUUCAGCAAACAAAUGUGUGAUGGUGAAGCUGUCUUACUGUAACCGAAAGUAUCCAUCCUAGGAUAGUACCGCUGGAGAAACUUCACUACUAAAUCUGAUUCCUGACAGGGAGAAUGCACUUUAAUAGACUUAAACCUUUUCUUAUGGAAGAAUGUGAAUAAGAAGCUGUAAGAGAGAGAGAGUGAGGGGCUUCUUCUGCAAAAAAUCUUCUUGGAUUCUGGUCAUUGCGGUGUUUAGACUGCAGUGAAAGCUGCGACAAAAGUGGUGGUGGGGAGAAUGCUUUGUUGCUACCUCAAAUACGUGGCAUGGAUACGAAGUGCAGUUUUACCGAACCGUGCAGGUUCUCGCUGUGUCCCUUGUUUGUGAAACAAAUGGUAGUUGGAUGAAAUCCAGUAAAUGCUACGAUAAUCAGUUCCUGAACGCUGGGUUGUUCCCUUGUUAAUAAUGUCCUUGUUGAUUAGGUUGUGCAGAUUCCGUGUGAAACAUUUCUUAACACUUGUAUUACGUGAGGAGUAUUGUGAUAAUCUGUUGUCUUAAAUCUUGUUAUAUAGGCCUGGAUUUUUAGAAGUAUGUAUAUAGGAGCAGUAAUUGUCCUGCAGACAGCUCCCUGCUGUGGGGACUUAGAUCUUUCUUUUUGGAACCCUACAAGUGCCUGGGCAAUUUGCCUCUCCUCCAGGGUCCAGUCUUACUACUGUUGCCAGCCCAUUGUUACUCCUCAAGUGCCAUCCUCUGCAGAGUCGUGACCUGUUAUCUGCAAAUUCAGAAAUGCUUCCUCCAGUGAUUUGGGGGUGGCGGAGAUUCUAGAUGUUUACUGGUCCGUCUUUGGAAGAUAGAUCUUUGCAUUCUCACUUUUGAGGCCAUUGCAGCAUCAAUUCAUAUUUGGGGUGGGGAGGAGAUGUACAGCCCUCUCCUGAGACUGUACAGUGUCAAAAUACAAGCAGGGAAUUGCUUGUUUAAAAAUGCCUCUCUUGUCAAUAUCUAGACAGCUCCUCUUUUACAGGGAGAUGGUCGUGGGAUGCUUUGAAACAAACUUCCCCUACAGCCUUUAGGAGAUGAUGUUUCCCUGAAUGUUUAAAUUGGCUCUGAUCAGUUAGGCUUUUAAAAAUAUAUAAUCCAAGUUCUUGGUGAAAUGCAUCUUUUUGUCCAUUACCUUUCCUGUUCCCCAUGUCAACCUUCCAUUGUAGAACUCGGGUCAUGUGAUUGGCUUUGCCAAGCAAUGACAGACCUUCACUUUGUCAAUUGCAGAGGCUGACCAGGGGAGGGGGGUUGUGGCAGGUAGAUAGGAAACGGCUGUCUUUUUUUGUAGGUAACAAAUCAGGAUUAGCCAGUCAGAUUCUCUGACCACAUCGUAGUAUUUCCAACCACUUGGUUGGAGCUUCCCCAUGCCUUAAGGCUGGUUGAGCACUUUAGAGCUAUAAUUUGUCACUUUAACUUUCCCCUGAUCUGAAAAACAUUGGUAUUGUAUUCUGAUCUUUUUUUCUUCUUAACUUUCUACUCUUCAGUUUAAUUUGUUAACUUCCUGUUAAGUUUUUUGGGGGAGGGGAAGGGUCUACCAAACGCUUAGCAAAUGUGAAACCUGUUGAAUUCCAUUGGAGCCUAAAAGAGGAUCUCUUGUGAAUGCAUCAUUGCUGUUUACUGUUCUCAAUAACCCCACCAUGUGUUGGGACUACAGCUGACGGAACCCCCUUUUCUUCAGCAAGCUCUUUCCAUGGCCUGCAACCGUGAGCCCAACUUUGUGCGGGAGAUGGAGAGGCCGUGACAAAGCUCUUUCUCCCUGAACUGUUCCACUAACUGCUGCGGCAAACGUGAACAAAGCUUUAUAAGGCAGGGAGGACAGGACUGCGAAUAUCAGUUUUUAUUUUUCUACCAACACUUCUGAUUUUCACGUUUGGUAUUUUAGCUAAUAAAAUCCCAAUUGAUCCUUG